CCCACACCAACACGGGGAGAACAUGCAAACUCCACACAGAAAUGCUAACUGACCCAGCCGAGGCUCGAACCAGUGACCUUCUUGCUGUGACGCGACAGUGCUAACCACUGAGCCACUGUGCCACCCUAUAUUGUUUUUGUUAUUUUUUUAUUAUUGUGAACGAAUGAUAAUGUCUCUCUAUCUCUCUCUCUCUCUCCAUCAGGUGUGUUGUUCUCAGAGGUCCGCCGUGCAUGUGGCGUGAUGGUAUUGGUCAAUCCUCAGAGUGGGCGUGGCCAGGCCAUGGCUCUAUAUAAUGGGCACGUUCAGCGGAUGCUCACAGAGGCGGAUAUUCCACACACACUCGUCGUCACCGAGCAUCAGAAUCAUGCCCGGGAUCUGGUGAGGAGCACAGACCUGUCGCAGUGGGACGCCCUGAUCAUCCUGUCUGGAGACGGGCUGCUCUUUGAGGUGGUGAACGGGCUGAUGGAGAGGCCAGAUUGGGAGAAGGCCAUUCAGACUCCUCUGGGAAUUCUCCCGGGAGGUUCAGGAAACGCUCUGGCUGCUUCUGUCCAUCAUUACACACG